GGAUAUUAAAGGCUUUGGGUGGUGCUCCCCCGCCCAACAUAAAGUUAACAGUGCUUUAAUAGCCUUGGAAGGGGUCUCGGGAACAGCUUUGCUGCUGAGCGUUGGUGCUUUUCCAGCUCCCUCAUCAUUGUUUGGGGCGAGUUGCUACGAGAGAGGCCGGUUUCAACGCCUUGACAAUGAAUUUCGCUUUACUUUCCUCCUUACAGGUGUUCCCUCUCAAACACUACCAGGACAAGAUCCGGCCUUACAUUCAGCUGCCGUCACACAGGAACAUCACCGGGGUCGUAGAAGUGAUCCUCGGAGACACCAAGGCCUAUGUCUUCUUCGAAAAGGACUUUGGGGACAUGCACUCCUAUGUGAGGAGCUGCAAAAGGCUGCGGGAAGAGGAAGCCGCCCGGCUUUUCAAGCAGAUCGUCUCAGCUGUAGCUCACUGCCACCAGUCGGCCAUCGUACUUGGUGACCUCAAGCUCAGGAAAUUUGUCUUUUCUAAUGAAGAAAGGACUCAGCUGCGGCUCGAGAGCCUGGAAGACACGCACAUCAUCAAGGGCGAAGAUGACGCGCUCUCUGACAAACACGGCUGCCCGGCGUAUGUCAGCCCUGAGAUCCUCAACACGACAGGGACUUACUCCGGGAAAUCAGCUGACGUGUGGAGUUUGGGAGUAAUGCUCUACACCCUGCUGGUGGGACGCUAUCCCUUCCACGACUCGGAUCCUAGCAGUCUCUUUUCGAAAAUCCGGCGUGGACAGUUCUGUAUCCCUGACCACGUCUCUCCCAAAGCCAGAUGCCUCAUCCGCAGCCUCCUGAGGCGGGAGCCCUCCGAAAGACUCACUGCUCCAGAGAUCUUGCUUCAUCCUUGGUUCGAAGCGGUCUUGGAGCCUGGAUAUACAGACCAGGAAACGGGAACUUCGGAUCAAAUUGUUCCAGAAUAUCACGGAGACAGUGACGAUAUUAGUUCCUUCUUCUGCUAAUCCUGAAAAUCUCAGAAAAACCUCACAAUUCUCACGCACGGCAUCAUUUUUUUGUUUUUUUUUUUAUUUUUUUUUUCCACGUUGCAAAUUCACAGCAUCUUAAAGUGCCAGUAGGGUCAGAAAAGUGACCUUGUUUAAAAUAAAUGUCAAGCAGUAGGUCCGCUGCCUGAGUGUAUGCUGAGUCUCACCUGCUUGCUUUGCUGGUGGGUCCUUGCCGCUGGCCCUGGAGAACCCGCGCAGGAGCCACCUGGCUCAUCUGAUGCCUCCCGUGUCCUCUGCUGCUGUGACCAGCUCAGUUUUGAUCGCAGAGCCUUAUUGCUGGGCACGGAAGAGGCAGAAACGUUGGGUUUCCCCAUCCUCAGCGGCUAAGAGGGUCCCACCGGUGAAAGGUAGCGAGUGGGGGGGGCACAAGGCACCUUCCUAGCUGAGCAAAUCUGACAGGAGUUGGUAAAAAGGGGAAUCGACUUGGAGUGCCACCGUGGCAGUCUUGCAAAGUGGUUUUCUGACUGUAAGUCAUGAGGGAAGGAGGUCUUAAUCCGCCGCGUCCGGCUACCUGCGCGUUGCUCCAGUUGAGCUUUUUUCCAUAGGUAAAUGACGUGAAGCUGUUAAAGAUCCAUCCGUAAGACAAGUCACUACCGCGAGCGCUGCUGUGACUCUUUACGAAGGAGACAGUAGUGGAUCUCGCAGCCGCACACCCUCUGAUUUCAUUUGCUGAACGUGCAAGUGCUUUAAACGUACUUAAGCCCAAAGUCACCAUGGCCUAUUCUAUAUGGUUUAAUGCCCUCAGUGAGUUUUGCAAGUAGCAGGUUUUGUCAGCUCUGAGUGCCAAAACAUAUCCGUUUACCAAAAUGUAACACUAUCGGGUGGGGCGCCUUCCCUCCGAAAACCAUAAGGGGUAUCUUGUACAGUACAUGUAAACACUUUUGUGUUUUCCUGCAGGCUCAAGUCUUUAAAACAUCACAUCUCUUCUCUCUCCCUGCACCCCCCCCCAUCCCCAGGAAGGUAGUCUUAAGCAUAAAAUCUCUAUACAUCCUAAGUUGAUUGUUGGGGGAAGGUUGUUUGCCUCCAGCUACGUUUUUUUUUUUCCCCUCCCAAAAAGAAAAAAAUUUUUUUUUUUUUGCAUGAUUAUUCCUAGUCUUUCCAAUGUGCGUGGAUAACGAAUAGAUCUAAAUCCUUAGCUGCCUGGCUUGGGGGUAAGUCAAGCUUAGUCCUGCCUAAGAUUUCUGCUUUGUUUUCACGUUUGCGUCCAGUGUCAAGAGACGUCCGUUCGCGUUAGGCGCGAGCGCGGUUUUGGAAAGGGAUGUUCGGUGGUUAGUGCGCAUCCCCAGCACGGCCCGGCGACGACCAGGUCGUUGGAAGGGUCCCCCCGCGGCAAGGUGCCGUGCCACCACGCGUGGUGAGAAUACCACGUAUACCUCAUGGGCUGCGUGCUCUGUACAUACCUUACCGUUCGGGGCCGGGGGAGGGAGGGGUGUCGUCUUUUUUUGUUUUGUUGUACUUCCUUUGUCCUACUAAGAGGUGUCGAAGAGCAAUUUAAUGUGAAUUCUUGUUGGCAAUACUAACUUGACAGAAUCAUGAGCAUUAAGAGCAGGGCGCUACCGCUCUCCGUUGCACUAAACCUCUCAUGAUUGCUUGACAUUUGUAUCUGUGAUACAGUUUAACCCUUCUAUGAAAAGCAGUACGUUUGUAUAUAUUGGUAGAAGACUCUGCCAGAAAAGCUAAAAACACUAUGUCCACCUUGUAAAUAUGUAUAUAUCCUGUGGAAACCUGGAUGAUAAAGUCUGACUUGUAGAAAGUUUUAAUAAACUUGGUUUCAUAA